CCAAGCUAGUUUUGGACCAGACGUGCUGCGUUAAGAGGCGUUUUGCUGCCUGAAAGUCUCAUCCUUGGGGGCGAGGAGCAGCCCUCCCAGUGGGUGCCAGGCUGCCUCCUCGGGCAGCGCCGCAGCCACCCGAGGGGCAGGUGGGAGCCCGCUGUACGCCCCUCGGGCACCGGCCCAAGGCAGGCCGAGCCCCGCGGCCCGGCCCGCAGGAAGAGGAGGGACGGGACGGGACGGGACGGGGCGGGCCGCGCCCCGCGCUGGCUCCGGGCGCAGCGGAAAAACCGCUUGACGGGGCAGCGCGGCGCCCGCGCUUCUGCCCGCGGAGCCAUGUCCCAGCCCGCCCGGGGGGCGCCGCCGCCCCCCGCCGCGCCCGCGGCGGCCCGGCCGCGCGGUGAGAAGACAAGUGGAGCUUCUUCAGGAUCAGGAGAGAAAAAAGCAGAAGCAGCACAGAAGAUAUCAGCAAGUGCUAGUGCCAGGCAGCCCUCCAAAACACAGACAAGUGGAGCACCUUCUACCAUUAAGAAACAGUCCCCCUCUGCUGAUGCAUCAAAAACACGUAUUAUGGAGCCAUCUGAAACAAAGCCCACACCAACAACCAAAACAGAACCUGGAAAAACUGCACAGUCAACCAAGCCGACAGACUCUCAAACUAAACAGCCAACUGAAGGGAAGCAAAAGGAAACCAGUGAUGGAAAAAGCCAAACUGGACCUUCUGUGACAACAGCUUCUAAACCAAGUAAUGCAGGAAAAGGAACUACAAGUCAAACUGAUCAACCCCCACAACCAACCUCCACAGAAACAGCAAAGGCUAAGUCUGAAAAUAAGUCCGUAUCAGGUAGUGCAGCUGUUGCAGGUGCAGCUGGUGCCAGUGCUGUUGCAAGUAUGGCUGCUACAGCUGAAGAGUCAAGCACUGAGCCUGCUAUGGAUGAAUCUGCACUGGAUAGCCUAAUAGAUACUCUAGGUGGACCUGAAGAAGAUGUGCCUACUAGUCCAGUUUACACUGGUCCGGAAGUUACGGAAGCUAUUUCUUCAAGAUACUUAGAAGAACUGGGUAAACGGGAAGGUAGUCUUCCUCCAGAGUAUGUUAAAUUGUUGAAGAGCAAAGGGGACGGCAAAGAUGAAUUCCCACCAAAACCAGAUGAACGAUCUGAAAAACCAGUGACAGAUGAUGAGCUUGCAGAUGCCCUAGCAUCUGAUUUUAUCUGUAGUACUGCUUCUACUGAAGAAAAGAAGACAACGGUGACAGAGCCAAGUAAGGAAGGAGAAAUCGUACAAGCAGAAUCAGCAAGUUCCGUCAAAAGCUCAGCUCCUCCUAAGGAGAAGAAAACAAAAUCAAAAGAGGAAAUUAAAGAUGAUGCAAUGGAAGCUCUACUUGAUACUCUUGGUGAACCUGAACCUGAACCUGAAGAAGAUCUUAGCACUAUUGUAGAGGUGUCAGAGGUAAAAGCUAAAGAGAAAAAAGAAAAAAAGGAAGGAGAACGUGAUGAUACAAUACCUCCAGAAUACAGGUUAACACCAGAGUUGGAUAAAGAUGGAAAACCAAUAUUACCAAAACCUGAAGAAAAACCUAAGCCUUUGAGUGAAUCUGAUCUUGUUGAUGAAUUUUCAAAAGACUUUGCCCGCCCUGCACAGCCUGCAGGACAAUCCAAACCAUCGAAGCCCAGCAGCAUGUCUGAAAAGCCUUUGGCUCCUGUGCCUGCAAAAACUACUAAGGAUGAAGUAGUUCCUCGUGCCACAGCUUGCACUGUGCAGUCUUCAGCUCCUUCAGCUGUUUCUUCAGUUGGUCACGAGGCAGAUGAAGCAUUGGAAGCCUUGUCUAGUAGUCUGGGAAAGAGGGAGCCUGACCCAGAAGAGAAGAAACCUGCUGUGGAUAAAGUUAAGGAGAAAACCAAACAGGAAGAACGCAAAAAACUGGGUGAAGAUGAAGAAACAAUUCCUCCAGAGUUCAGAUUAAAAGAAGCAAAAGAUAAAGACGGAAAACCGCUCUUGCCAAAACACGAAGAAAAAUCUCAGCCUAUGAGUGAAAAUGAUCUUGUAGAGGGUUUGACAGAAGGAUUUUCCUGUUCUCCAGCCCCUUCUGCACCUGCACCAACUGUAAUAAAGAAAACCAAGAAGGGUAAAAAACCUGCAAAUUCCUCUGAAGUUGUCUCUGCUGCUACAGUUUCUUCAGUGCACUCAGCUGCUCCUCCAGCUUCUACUUCCGGAGGAAAAGAGAUGGAUGAAGCCUUAGAUCUCCUGUCUGAUUCCUUGGGACAAAGAGAACCUGACCCUGAUGAGAACAAACCAGUUGUGGAUGAAGUAAAGGAAAAGGCUAAAUCUGAACACAGAGACAAACUUGGAGAAAAAGAUGAUACUAUCCCACCAGACUAUCGGAAGCUUCUGGAAUCAGGUGGAGAGGGUAAACCAGUAAAGCCACCAGCAAAGGAUGGUGUGAAAUCCAAGGAAAAAAAGAAGCCUACAGAUGACUCUGCAGCUAUUGAUGCUCUAUCAGGUGACUUUGAUACAUGUGCAAAGGCUCCUGCCACACCACAGCGCUCAAAGUGUAGGACAAAAGUGGAAAGAACACCACCACCACUGAACCAACCCCCAAGGAGGAAAGAAAACCCAAAGGUCCUAAAAAGGCAAGGGAACAGUCCUCCAGCAGCAAAUCUGAGAAGCAGAAAACAAGCUAAACGUUAACAUUACUGGGAUCUUGGCAUAUGAUAUUAAAAGACGUCUUUCUGCUGCUGGAUAAUUAUUCCUGAAGAACAAAAGCUGAUGCAAAAAGCAUGUGGUUAUUCUGGGUGGUUUUUGUACAGUGGUAUUUGCUGGAGGUUUUUCAUAUUUUCUUUUUUUCCAAUAAUGGAUUAAGAUUUUUUUUUCUAGCCAUUCAUUUUAUUAUACUGAUACAUUUUGAAUUUUUGUAGUUUUCUUCAGUUCUGAGAGGGAAAGGAUGCUUUAUAUUUGUAAGAAAUAUAUUUCAUAAAUUAAUAGCAAUGCCAAAAGAAAAAAUUUGCAAACUUUUGCACAUAAUCUCCACAUAGUGCCUGUAAAUCUCAGAAGAGUUCAUAAGUAUGUGCUAGCAUUUUUAACAUUGCAGUGAAUGCAUUAAGAAUUCUGGAAUGUAAUGAGCUUUAGUUAUCCUCAGCCUGACUGUAUGAAGUAUUUCCUCAAGGCAGUUCUUGGUAAGAAACCAUAGAUUGGCUGUGGAUAUCUAAAGAAUGAGAAACUGGUGAUUAACUGCUUCAUCAAGAGCGUCUAAUUAAAAAGAUAAAUUUUGGAUGAUGCCUUAGGCAUUGUUAAAACAACCCCAAAACCACUAGAAAAGAAGGAAUUUUACUUUUUUACUUCCAACUGCAUCUGUGCUGUUAUCUCAUAAUUUCAGGAGUCUCAGGACUGAUCCAAAUACAAAUCACCAUGUACCACAGACACCAUUGUUAUCACAGAAGGGGGGGAAAAAAGGAAGGUACAUGAGCCUUAACAGAGGUUAAAGAGAAACUCAGGUCAACAGGAGGACAUUGUUGCACUGUUUCUAGACCUUGUCUCUGUUCCUCUGUCAGCGCUUCAGCUGGGAGUGCAGGAAUAGAGCAGAAGUUCAUGCUGCAGGAACAAUGUAAUAUUGAGCUGGUCCUGAAGGGAGCGGGCACCAAGAGCAGGCAACCCCUAACAAAGUCUGCUGCGCGUUUACAGGCUUGUGGGAUGGGACCUCAGUGUGCUGAGUUCCUCACUUUGUUUUCCUCUGUCUGAAUUACUUGUAAAAUACAUUUUUGCACAUCCUUACACCCAUGUACUACUUCACCAGUAGUUUACAGAGGAAGGUAAUGUUAGGGACAGUAACUGUAAGGAUAUCAAAAUCUGACUCUAAUAUAUAGUAUUCCAGAGACAGCCCAAAGAUUUAAGAUGGAGGAUAAUCAGAAUUUUGACUGUACUUAACAGUCUGUAUUGAGAACCUGUGUCACACUAAUAAAGUUUUUAGAAUGUA